AUGGCAACAUCCAACGAUCCGUUAGGCCAAGCACAAGAUGUAAAACAGUGUCAACUUUGUCCUGGAAAAGACAAAAAAUCUGCUGCUGAAACUUGUUGCAACUCCUGUCAAGUUAACCUAUGUAAGGUCUGUGUAGGUAACCAUGUUAUAUCUGAUCCUGACAUGAAACAUGAUUUUGUCAACUGUGAAUUCAAAAAUCAUGAGAUCAUGCAUCACCAGUGUAGCUUACAUGAAGAAGAAAAAUGUGAAAUGUUUUGUCAAUUGUGCAAUUCUCUAAUUUGCCUGAAAUGCCUCACUUCUGGAGCACAUGAAAAUCACAAUGUCCAGUCAAUUUCUGAAAUAUAUAAAUCCAGACGAGAUGUAAUUACAAAAGACAAUGGAGAACUAGAAACCGAAAUCAAACCAGUGUAUGAAGCAGUUCUAUCUGAAAUAGAAACAAUGACAUCAAAUGUUUUACAACAGCAUGAAGAUAGGCAUAAGUCCAUUACUAAUCUUCGUGAACAGUUUCAUAAACUUGUAGAAAAUGUCAUCAGAAGAUAUCUAAAUGUUUCGAAAGAAAAGUAUAGUCAAGAUAAUGACAAUUUGUUGACAUUAAAAGGCGAAUUCCAGAGACUACAAUCCUUAAUACAGUCAGCUAUAGACGAUAAUAAAUCCAUUCUAUCUUCUGUGGAUUCAUCCAAACUUAUCCAUUAUAAAUCCAGAAAUGAAGACUUCAAACAUAUACCACCCAGAUUCGAACUUACAGUACCACAAUUUAUUCCAGCCGAGAUUACGGAAGAAGUACUUUGUAAAAUGACUGGUAUAAUUCCAGAGACAAUGAAAAUUAACAUUCAAGGAAAAGUUAUUAGAGUUGCUCAACCCUUGGCACAUUCAAGAAAAAUAAGCAGGAAUUUCAUUAACGAACCUCAAAUUAUAAGUACAGUUACUCUAAAUCCUGAUGACGGCCUAACUUACAGAAUAGAGUGUAUCCCAAACACAAACGAAUUUUACGUGACAUGUAAAAGUGAAACCAUCUAUCAUAUGAACACUGAAGGAGAUAUUUUAGAGACGAUCUAUUCCGAAUAUAGAGAUUUGGCAGUUACCAGGGAGGGGGAUUUAGUAUGCAAUGAUACAAAGAAUAAGUGCAUUAAUGUAAUAAAAAGGAACGGCGCACAAUGUUUGAUCGCACUCAAAAUUUGGAUACCAUUAGCCAUCUGCUGCACCUCAAAAGGCGACUUACUUGUUGCUAUGAAACAUGGACAUACUCUCGAAAGCCCUGAGCCAUGCAAAGUAGUACGUUACAGAGAUUCUACAGUAAUACAAGAAAUACAAUGCAUCAAUGGGGAUGAAUCAAUAUAUCAUAGUCCUAUGUUUAUUGCAGAAAACAAAAACCUUGACAUUGUAGUGAGUGAUUCCAUUCCAGGCCAAGUGGUUGUGGUGGACAACAUGGGCAAGUUAAAAUUUGAUUACAAGGGGCAUCAGCAAUCAAUUAAGCAUGAACAAUUCCUGCCAUUUGGCAUAGCUACAGACAGCAUGUGCCACAUUUUCAUUGCUGACCACGGUAAACAUGUUAUACAUGUCAUCGAUAGAAAUGGCUACUUCCUCUUGUACAUUUCAAAUUGUGAAUUACAUGAACCGUAUGAUCUAAGUCUGGACAGUGAUGAAAAUUUGUUCGUUUCAGAACUCCGGAGUGGAAAGGUUAACCAAAUAAAACUGUUUGAAUGA